UUUAAUGUACAGUUCAGUGACAUGCAGGACAUUUUAUUAAACUUAUUUUUGGUUUUAUGUAAUAUUCAAAUUUUAGUUUUUGAAUAUGAAAUAAUACUUUAAACGAAAAAUAAAUGCGUGAAACAUAUCAUUGUGUGUAAAUAAUCAAUAUAAUCCCAUUUCUGAGUGUAAAGCACACCAGCUUUCCAGUAAUUUUCCUAUUUAAGAUUACACUUGUUUUGCACUCACACAUUAUUCCACAAAGGACACGCAGCCGGAACAAAAAAAUAAAUAAAAUAAAAAUAAACCAGACGUCCUUACCAAGGAAUUCUACGCGCACUUUCUAAACAUUUACGGCAGAAAUUUUUAAGCGAACGGUCCCGGUUUGACAUAGAGUCCCGCAGACCCGAGGUCUGCUGCAACCAUCUCUCGCGAGAGCGGCCCCUCACGGCGGAGCCUGAGCGCUGCGAUGCUGUUGCCGUGGGUUUGAUUGACAGGAAACAUGUCGGUGUGGUGGGAACGAACCGGGAUGCAGCUGCUGCCAAGGGAGACAGGGAGUACCUGCAUCCAGUCCACACACCAGCACCUUUAAACCAACAACCAGGCUUUUCCUCCCGAUCCGUCCGCGUAUGAUGCGUUGAGAAGCAUCAUCUUCUUUUUUUUUUCUUUCCUUUUUUUUCCUCCUGCUUCUUCUAACAUCCAAUUGAAAGGAAGGGGGCACCCGAUGGAUGCUGCGUCCACCCGUGUACUCCGACUCGGCGUCUUUACAUCGUGCCUGAUCUAGCCUCCAUCCGGAGACACCUUGAUGAUCCAGCAGGAAACUACGAGGACCGUGUGUUACGAUGGAGUCGACUCUCUCACGGCUCAAAUAAACCCCACAACAUCUUGUUUUCAUGGCGUUCUGCAGCACGCUCUGCUCCGUGGGCUCCUCCACGUUUCUUUUUUGAAUUACUAUUAACAUUGCUCCUUCUUGUUAUCAUUUCUCUCUCUAUAUAUAUAUUUUUAUUAUUAUUUAUUUUUCGUUAAUUCAAAAAGCGGAGUGGAGGGAGCAAAAAAAGAACAACAUCCACGGGUCGCUAAACUAUGAACGAGGAGAUGACAAAAAGCGAGGAGCAGCAUCUGAGUUUGCAGAAAGCCUUGCAGCAGUGCGAGUUGGUGCAAAACAUGAUAGACAUAAGCAUUUCCAGUUUGGAGGGUUUACGCACCAAAUGUGCCACAUCCAACGACUUGACACAAAAAGAGAUCCGAACGCUGGAGGGAAAGUUGGUGAAGUACUUCAGCCGCCAGCUGUCCUGCAAGUGCAAAGUGGCCUUAGAGGAGCGCAGUGCAGAGCUAGAAGACUUCCCUCGCCUCGACCACUGGUUCCGCAUUGUCAACCUGAGGAAGGAGGUCGCAGAGGAGAUGAAUGCAGGUGAGGUGACUCUAGAAGGCCUGCUGGAGAUGAGUGAGGAGCAGGUGUCCGAGUUAUUGCAGAAGUUUGGUGCCAACGAAGAAGAAUGUGCCCGACUUAACGCUUCCCUCUCCUGCCUCAGAAAGGCUCACCAACUUGAACAACUUGAGGAGGAUAAAUUGCACAGUAACGGAGGGAGCCAGGCAAAACAGGACUGGUCCAUCCAGUGGCCCACCUCUGAAUCCGGAAAGGAAAACACUCCAGUGUGCCCGCCAGAGGCCAGUCAGUGGAUUCGUUUUCAGCUCUCCCAAAGCCCCAAAGUUCAGUCCAAGUACAACCAGCACAUGUGCCACAGUCCACAAGCCCUGGCGCCCCCCUUCUACACCGAUCGACUUACUGUUGACAACCCAGCCACAGGACUCUUCCCUUCCUUUGACUCUGGUCAUCGUUCCCUGCCGCCAUCACCUCGCCAAAGGCACUUUGGCCACACACCUCCUCGGACUCCUUUGGUGGUCAACACCAUGACUCCACCUGGCACUCCCCCUAUGAGACGAAGGAACAAGGUAAAGGCCCCCGGAACGCCACCACCGCCGAGCCGCAAACUCAUCUAUCUGCUGCCCGGCUUCACCGCGCUGCAUCGGAGCAAAUCCCACGAAUUCCAACUGGGGAACCGCUUGGAUGACACACAGACACCAAAAGCCAAGAAGAAGACCAAGCCCUUGAACCUUAAGAUUCACAGCAGUGUGGGGAGCUGUGAGAAUCUGCCCACGCAGCGGUCACCGCUCCACACUGAGCGAUCUUUGCGAUCCUUCUUCUUUCCCUCUUUCAUCCCUUCCACACCUCCUGUUCAUGCUGAAACACCCUCUGCAAACACUCUUUCAGUGCCUCGCUGGUCCCCACAGAUUCCCCGAAGAGAUCUGGGAAACUCAAUAAAACACCGGUUUUCCACCAAGUACUGGAUGUCCCAGACAUGCAUAGUAUGUGGAAAGGGAAUGUUGUUUGGACUAAAAUGUAAAAACUGCAAGCUGAAGUGCCACAACAAAUGCACCAAAGAAGCCCCGCCUUGCCAUUUAUUGAUCAUACAGCGAGGUGGACGAGAAUCCUUCAAAGAUCAACAAGGAACAAUUCAAGUAGCUCGUCUGGUACGGACUGAAUCAGUGCCAUGUGACAUCAACAACCCGCUCAGGUACACAGACCUGCACAUCAGUCAGACGCUCCCCAAAACCAACAAAAUCAACAAGGAUCACAUCCCAGUCCCUUACCAGCCAGACUCCAGCAGUAAUCCAUCUUCCACCACUUCCUCCACUCCGUCCUCCCCAGCUCCCCCUUUGCCAAGCAGUGCCACUCCCCCGUCACCACUCCAUCCUUCCCCACAGUCAGCGCGGCAACAAAAACAGUUCAACUUGACAGCCUCCAGUUAUUUCAAAUACAAGCAGCAAUUCAUCUUCCCUGAUGUUACUCCAGAGGCACCCCCCAGUAGAGCCCCCCAAGUCAUUCUGCACCCAGUCCUCUCCGAGCAAGGGAACGAGGGCAACCCCUUACUCCAAAUCGAAGUGGAGCCCACAUCAGACAAUGAGGACGGCAACAACGAGGACUCGGGCGACGAGUUUGAGGAGAUGAAUUUGUCCCUUCUGUCUGCUCGCAACUUCCCGCGCAAAGCCAGCCAGACGAGCAUCUUCCUACAGGAGUGGGACAUCCCCUUUGAGCAGCUGGAGAUCGGAGAGAUGAUCGGAAAAGGGCGCUUUGGCAAGGUGUUCCACGGCAGGUGGCACGGAGAGGUCGCCAUCCGGCUGAUCGACAUCGAACGGGACAACGAAGACCAGCUGAAGGCGUUCAAACGUGAGGUGAUGGCGUACCGCAAUACUCGCCAUGAGAAUGUGGUUCUGUUCAUGGGGGUGUGCAUGAGCCCGCCACAUCUGGCCAUCAUCACCAGCUUGUGUAAAGGCAGGACACUUUACUCGGUGGUGAGGGAUGCCAAGGUUGUCCUGGACGUUAACAAGACGCGGCAGAUUGCACAAGAGAUGGUGAAGGGGAUGGGCUAUCUCCACGCUAAGGGGAUUUUACACAAAGACAUGAAGUCCAAGAAUGUGUUUUAUGAUAACGGCAAAGUCGUCAUUACUGACUUUGGACUUUUCACCAUAUCUGGAGUUCUGCAGGCUGGCAGCCGGAGAGAAGACAAACUGAGAAUCCCCAACGGCUGGCUGUGUCACCUGGCCCCAGAAAUCAUCCAGCAGCUUUCGCCAGACACAGAGGAGGACAAACUUCCUUUCUCCAAACAGUCAGACGUCUUUGCUUUCGGCACCAUCUGGUAUGAGUUACAUGCACGUGAGUGGCCUUACAAGAGUCAGCCAGCGGAGGUGAUCAUAUGGCAGAUUGGAAGUGGCAUGAAGCCCAACCUUGCCCAAACUGGGAUGGGGAAGGAGAUACUGGACAUUUUGCUAAUGUGCUGGGCGUGCAAGCCGGAAGAGAGGCCCAGCUUCUCGAAGCUGGUAGAUUUACUGGAAAAGUUGCCAAAAAGGAACCGCCGCCUUUCCCAUCCAGGGCACUUCUGGAAGUCAGCUGAGCUGUAACGGAGACAUCGAAGGGACUAUGUCUUUGCGUGAAGUUCGUCUUCUGCUCUGCUCUGCUCACAUCUGUUUCACCGCCCACCUGCCUGCCCUGCCACCUGUACUCUCUUUGCUCCACCUUGCUUCCUCAACCCCAUCUAUUCCAGCCUCUUCUUCCUGCCACAGCCCAGACACUUGCAUACAACUGUACAUGUGCCAUCAUGCCUGAAUGGACCCUUUAGCGGUCAGUAUUGGCCCACUUAGAUGGGGUGGGUCAUGUGACAAAACCGCAGACUUUCAAACAGAGAGGCCUUUCUCCACUCUAUGCCUGAAGAUGAUUGUGAUGAUUGUGAAGCUUAGAUCCCAAGAGACACAUUCUCAGCAGCUCACCCGCUAAACUGUUAUUUAUAUCAUCUAAUUUAGCAAGUAAAUUAUUAUCUUUUUUUCUGUUGUUUGACUAUAAAACAUUAUCACAACAUUUAUGGUAAUAUCCCCCAUGCUUUCCUGUCAUUGAUACAUUCUACAGUAAUGAGAAUAUGAUACACAUAGAUUUCAGAAAGGGUUUUAUUAGUCUUUUUCAGCUCUGAAAGAACCUUUCCAUGUUUUUCGUACCUAUGAAAUAAUACAUUUAGAAAUUCAUGGUAUGCAUUGUACAACAAUACAUGGCUACAAUUUAGUAUUUUUAAUCAUUUCACCUUCAAGCAGCCUACAAAUACUCUUCAAAAAACCCCUUUUCAAACCUUUAUGUUUUUUAUUUUUCAAAAAAAAGAGAAAACGAACAAAAAAACAUGUCUCACAGAACCAUGCAAACAUAAUCCUAGCAGUAUUUAAAAAACAGAUUUUGAAUCUGCAACAAUGCAUCAAAUUGCAAAUAUAACAAAAUAAAUUAAAUAUAAUACAUUUUAAGAAAUAAUUAAACUAAUUAAUGUCAAAAUUAUCUUUGGUUAGUUUGUAAUUUGGUAACAGAUUUUAAAUAAAACUGAAAGGUUUCUAAAAAGUACUAAGCUGGACCAAAACCACAAUCUUUUUCUUAAUAUAAUAGUAAUAGCUUACUCUAAUCACCACAGACCAACUAAAUGAUAAUAUGCAAAUCUGUGCAUUUCAAAACUCAACUAUCCAUCGAUUUUUUUUUUCUCCACAAAUGAAUCAUGUUGUGGCUGAGCCCAUCCUAACAUUGGUAUAAACAGUAAAUUUUGGAAUAUUGUUUUUCCUUAAAACCCAGAAACAAACUUAGAAAAACACAUUAGUAUUCAAAGAACGCAUCCAUUUAAUUUGUGAUGGCAAAACAUUUAUGAAUAUUGAGGACUAGUCACAAAGUAGGGAAAAUGAUGCAAUGGUUGAUAAAAAAAGAUAAAUCUACUGUUUCCAUGUGCACAAACACAAAUGAGAGCAAAAUCUGAAGCAACAAAUGUGUAAACUCCAAAAAAUUGUUCACAAUAUUUUAGGGAUGGUAAGAAAAAAGCUACAUAUUCUAACAUGCUACAGAUGUUUUAAAAUCCACGUUUCAAAACUGUUUCAAACAUUUUGCUAGAUGGGUCAAAGUUGGGGACCGGCACAUUGUGUUUGUUUCGGGGCCUGUAAUAGUUUUCAUAGAUGCAUCUAAAGUAUUUUACUGAAAUUAAAAGUGGGUAAAGCAACACAAAGAAAUAUUCAAAUAAAUAAGGUGGUAUAGUAUUUCCCCCGACAGAUUUCUUCUGUUUUUUCUUGAAUGUGAUGAAUAAAAUUUCCAUAUUAAAUAUGUCAGACAAAUACUGACUACAAAUACUACAAAAACAACAUUCAAAUUAGGAUUUUAUUUUAUUUUAGAGAGAAAAAGUUAUCUAAACCAACAUAUGCCACAUGCCCCCCCCCCCCACACACACACACAAUUAUGCCUUGCACCAUCAUUGACAACAGCAACUGCAAUGAAGUAUUUGUGACUACCACAUUUUUUGAACUAUAUAUCCCCCCAGAAUAUAAGUCGCAUCAGUCGAAACAGUCAUAAACAGAAAAAAAACAUAUAUAAGUUGCACCAGACCAUAAGUAACAUUUAUUUAGAAACUUCUUUCACAAAACCUAAGCCUAAAAAGUGAAACUUAAUCUGGUAUGGCAUCUCAUAUGAUGACACAAUUGCAUCCAAAACAGGCUAAAUGAGAUGGAACAUACCAGCAACUCCAACUAGCAAGUUACCGGCGAGGUUCUCGACAGUGCACCGGCACUGGAGUUGUCAAAAUUAUCCUGUAAUUAGACCAUAAGCAUAACGGCAUUAUGUGCUAAGCUAAAAGUACGACACGGUUGUUGGAGCACAGCAUAGAAAGUUCAGUAAAACUCUUGAAUGUGCAUCAGCAAAGUUGUAAACUGCCCAGACAACAUAAGGUAAUGGUAGCUGUUAUUACCCUUAUGGAUUGCCUAAUGACAGGCUUCUGCAGACAAUAGUCAGUUUGGAGUGACUGUUGGAUGCUCUGGGAACUGCCUGUAAUAUUUGAUCAACUUGUUGCUUCUGACACCAGUUGUAGGCACCCCAGCCAACUCACAAAGUUAAAAUUGUUCACAUUCAUAGCUAGACUGUAUGUUUUCAUUACAAAUUUAACAGGGAUGGGCUGAGACAAAUAAUUGUCCCUUGUCGUUUCUUGUGAUGGGACUGAAUGAAGCGAUUAAAAGCAAGAUAACUCAAUAAAAUAGCCAUCAAACAGGCAAUUUAGAAUAAAGGAUUGCUUUUUUUUUGGAGGGGAGGGCAAAUACAGCUCCUUGUUAUUCGCCCCUUUGUCCCUUCAAGCCCAAUGUUCCUUUUCGAAGAUAACACGAUGGAUGAUUUACGUCGGUUAGAGGAGAAGUAACAUGUUUUUUUGCUUUACACCGAUUUGUGAGGCUUCUUUAAACCCAGACUCGAUGUAGGAAGUGGAGGGCUACUACCUUGGCAUCAGAAGACGUAACAGAUACUGAUCAUGUUUAUUCACAUUAUUCUUUAAUAUUGCAACAAACCCUUGGCUGCAGGUUCUUAACUUGUUUAUUUGAUUUGUUCCUGUCCAAUUAAUAUUUUUUUGGUGAAAACAAAAAAUAGCUUGGAGAUAUUAGCGCCAAACUGUUUUUGUCAAUGUGCUUGUUAUACUUGUUCUGCAUUAUUUCUGAAUGGAAACAUUCUCUGAGGGAGGAACUUAAUUUAGCUAACUUUGCUCAUGUGAAACCAUAGUUUUUUUUCAUUUAAUACUUUAUAAAAAUAUAAAAAUAUACUUACUUAGUUGAUCGUUGUAAAUAAGGCUUGAUCACCUCAGAUAUGGGACUCCCUUUGUGUUUUAACUGAAGUUUUAACUGCAACUAAAUUGGUUACCUUAAGGUUCCAAUCAUCGCGUCAGGAAAAGAUUGUGGUUUUUUACAAAGAAACGGGGUUUCAAAACUGUUUUUCAUAACAGCAUUAGUUUUUAAGAAAAUGCAAUGCAUCAUUCUGCCAGCUGCGAUAAACUUUACUUAUCCUGUGGAGCACACAAUAACGCAAGAAGGCAAAAUUAGAAUAAAUAGCAAGAAAACGUGUUUUAUGUUGUAUCUGUAAAAGCAAACAAGCACUACAUACAAGUCAAGCAACGUCAACACAAAA